CCUGAAGCCUCCCGCACGCCCAGGGGCUCUGAGAAAGCAGCGCCUUUCCCAGGCUGUCCUUGGGAGGUGGCAAAGCUCUGUCCCUGUUGGAGCAUUGCUGACCACUAUCACCAACCAAACAUGCAGAGAGCAUGAGAGCCCAUAGGACCUGACUCAGUCAUCACUCAGAGGAAAGGAGAAGGCAAGAAAGGAAAAGAAGUAGCUGAGAUCCACCAGCAGCUGCCACAGGGCAUCGGCUCCAGCACUGAGCUCCCAGAGGGGGCCAACAGCACAAAUAAGUUGCAGUGCCACAUCUUUCCUAGACCAUGUCAUUCCCAGCACACAAGGCUGAACAUGUAAAGUGACUCUGCAAUGUUCUCCAAGGUCCCUGUAGAACAAGGGUCACUUCAGGAAGGGCUCUAGGCCUGCCUGGUCCAGGCUCACUCCAGGCAGCUUCAGAGCUGAUGAGAGCAGGACUGCUCCAUCCUUGCAGUGACACCAUGGAUCCAUGUUACAACCACACAAGCUCUCAAAAAAGUAUGGACCCCUCCAUGCAGCUGCUGGUGGGGUUCUUUCUGGGCGUCCUCAUCAUGAUCACUCUCUGUGGUAACAUCAUCGUGUGCCUGGCCGUCACCCUGGACCGGCGGCUGCGGAGCGUGACCAACCGCAUCAUCGUCUCCCUGGCCAUCACAGACCUGCUGCUGGGGCUGCUGGUGCUGCCCUUCUCUGCUUACUACGAGCUCACCAACGAGUGGCCCUUUGGCAGCGUUCUGUGCAACAUCUACACCAGCCUGGACGUCAUGCUGUGCACGGCCUCCAUCCUCAACCUCUUCAUGAUCAGCCUGGAUCGCUACUUCGCCGUCACCACCCCGCUCCGCUACGGCCAAGUGGUCACUCCCUCGCGGGUGGCCGUGGGCUUGGCUGUCAUCUGGACUGUUUCACUGAUGGUCUCCUUCCUACCCAUCCACCUGGGCUGGAACACCAAGGGGACAGCGGUGCAGAACACAAGCACCACCUGCAGCAAGGAGUGCACGCUGGGAGUGAACCUUGAGUACGGGUUGGUGGACAGCUUGCUCACCUUCUACAUCCCUCUGGUCAUCAUGUGCAUCACCUACUACAAGAUACUCAGGAUAGCCAGGGAGCAAGCCAAGAGGAUAAACCACACGUGGGGCAACGCGCCCAUGUCCCCCAUGGUGAAGGAGCACAAAGCCACCAUGACGCUGGCAGUGGUGCUGGGAGCCUUCAUCGUGUGCUGGUUCCCCUACUUCACCCUCUUCACCUACCGGGGCGUGUCGGGGGACAGCCAGGUCAAAGGCACACUCAUGUCCAUUGUGCUCUGGCUGGGCUAUGCAAACUCAGCCCUGAACCCCAUCCUCUAUGGGACACUCAACAAGGAUUUCCGAGUGGCAUACCAGAACUUGCUGCACUGCUGCAGGACAGGAUACCCCAGGAACUCCCACCUGCCUCCCCUGCAGCAGGCCCAGCCCAGAGGCAGGCAGGGCCAGGGCAGGCAGGAGGGCAAACCCUUGAAGCUGGAGGUGAGGAACGAGAAGGGGACUCUGCUCACUGAUGGAGCCCUCAAGAGCACUGGAGCUUUCCUGUGAGUCUCAGCCUGCCCGCUGCCCUAGGACCCACAUCUCCCAGCCUUCAACUCCUGGCUGCCCUCUUCCAAAAUCCUGUCUGUGAGGUUGAAAGGACAACACUCAGCUUUCCUCAGCGGAAAACUCGACAGCAGAGGCGAGAG